AGGGUUUCGGCUCACAGUCACUCAGCCUCAGCCAGCGCACAGUGUCCGCGCCCCAGCCGGCGCCCCCAGGCCAGUCGCGCCACCGCCGACCUUCGGCGACCUGGACGACACUCCCGACCUUCGUGCAGACCUGCGCGCAGCGUUUCGUCAACUUGCUGCACGACGCCAGGCUCGGAGACGGGCACGAGAGGGACCAGUGCGACGACGAGUGGCAGCUCGACCUCCGCCGACCUCUUCUUCUUGGCCACCCACCUCGGCACCUUCGCGGGUAACAGCCGCGAGCACACCGCUACUGCGACCUCGACAAGCACCGCCUGCUGAACCUCGAGCACCACCUGCACAAGAUGUCGGGCGGCGCGGCAGCAGCGGCGACGGGCAGCUUCCAGGAGCCAGGCCCCCCUCGGCCGAGAGCAGCGUGGCGGACGGCCGCCCCAGCGGCAUCCUCCCAGGCGUCUGGGAAUUCUGGCGGCGACUCCAAGCCUCCCGACCCGAAGAAGGGAAGGAAGGGCGACAAGGACAGGGACACAGCCAUGGACGACGCCAAGGGGGAGCUGCAGAAGAUCCUCGACGGCAAGGCUGGAGGCAAAGGACGACAUCGAGGAGGCCGCCGUCAUCGCCGAGGCGGCCACACGGAGAAGAAGUGGACGAGCAAGGACGCGAACAUCCAGCAGCGCUUGGCCGCGAUAGCCAAGCUAUCCCUCCAGACAGCGCAGCGGCAGCGCCUGACGAUGGCGACGGUGGUCGACACGUUCACGAUGCCGAAGGGACACCCGGUCAUCACGGCGCUGCAGCAGACGCUGGAGGACUACAGGAAGCAGGUGCAGACCGCGCGCGAGGCAGGACCAGAUCAGCUUCGAGCGGUUGGCAGCCCGACUGCCUCUCUGGCGGUCACCCUUCUCGAGAAGCUGGCCACAUGCGACGUGGGCGGCGUGAGCCGCCAGCAGCUCAACGACUACCUCGACAAGAUCGAACCGACGACGGGCGAGCCGACCAUCACCCGCGAGCAGGUGGAGUUGGACGUGCAGGCCAUCAAGAUCGAGCAGCCUCACGACGAGAGCAAGGCCAAGCUCCUCAUCGCGGGCCCCACGUGGCCCAUGAGGGGCACGGUGACGCACGCCUUCAAGGCGGAGGGCGUCGCGACGAGGUUCACGGGCGUCAUGCCCGCGGGCUGGCUGGAGGACGAGGUAGCGACGUGGUUGGAUGUGCUGCAGCAGGGAUGACGACCGUGAGCCGCCGCCCCAUCAUCUUUGUUAGAGGUGAGACCGUGCCUGGCACGGUGCAGCAGGCUCCCCGACCCACCUCGACCUCCUCCCAUGGUGCCUCCACGUCCCCCCCGCCUGCGGGUGGCACGGCACCGCACGAGCAAUGUUAUGAGGCUGAUGAAGAGGCCGCGGCAUACCUCUUCGAUUAGCGGGGAGACAUUGUUUCUUUUCAAGUUCUCGUCGUGAGCUAUUCUUGGGCGAAUAGAUCCAGACACCAAGCAUCGGAGAUAGCUAGGCUGAUGCACCACCGUCGGUGCCCUCUUGGGAGACACUGCGACCCGCGGCCUGCCUUUUGCCUGCUCCUCGCGUUGAUGCGCGGGUGGCGCUCGCCCCAGGCCUGCGCGCUGGACCAAAGUACGGGCACGGAGCGUGCCUGCGACAGCUCGCCGAAUCAGUGUAUUGCACCCGUUUCCAGAGGCACUUGGGCUCCCUCGUCGAGUA